AAAUAACAGGUAACAUUACAACCAGAUAAAAUAGGUUUACGCACGUUCUUCACUCACCGAGUGUGCAGGUGUAACUCACCUCAGUCAGGGCUUACGACUGUUCAUAUCGGCUACUUUACUUUGGUUAUAUAUGGAUACUUUGUGGGUGUUUGGAUGCGUGCUUAGAAAGCUUUUAUGUGAGAUUAAUUAAACAAGUUAAAGCGACGAUACAGAGUGUUCAUCAGAUAAAUCUUUUUCAAUGAGCACAAGAAAUUAGUUAUUCUGGUCACAUGGGAAAACCCAAUUAAGAAGCAUGGCCGCCAUACUGAUUUAUGAAUUUUUUUCUUUGAAUUGCCUUAUUGUUAGACUUAUUAUGUUGUAUUUGGCUAUUUCCUCUUUGUGAGUAGUAACAUAGAUCAUCUUCAUUUGCAUUUUCACAGUUUACAGUAUCCGUCCCACAUAAACAGCCUGAGAUGAAAGCGAAACGUUUGUCUAAAGCUCCGCGAUUGGAUAGACUCACUACACUUCCUCAAACCAUAAUAGAAGUCAUCCUAUGUCUCUUACCAAUUGAAGAAGCAGCAAGGACAAGUAUCCUCUCAAGGGAAUGGAGGUACAAAUGGACCACAAUUCCUAAACUUGAGUUUGAUGAGUCCACUUUUGAAACGUCAACCAAAGAGAUUACUGUUAAGGAGUUGAGGUGUAAACUUUUCGGUGCUAUACACCAAGUUCUGUUGCUGCGCCAGGCCCCAAUACUCGAUUUCACCCUUUCGAUAUAUACACAUCACAAAUGUUAUGAAAUUGAUCAAAUCAUCCUUCAUUUGUCGAGGAACCAUAAUGUCAAAAAAAUAACACUUGACUUUUGGCCAAAGAAUUCAUAUCCUUUACCCUUAUCUUUCUUCUCGUUGCAUCACUUAACGCACCUAUAUCUUCAAUAUUGUGACUUCGACCAUGAACCCACAUUCAAUGGAUUUGGUAACCUUACAAGCUUAUCCUUAAGCAGACCAUCAAUCUCUAGAAAAAGUCUUCUACAUCUUUUAUCUAAUUGUCCAUCACUUAAGAGCUUUAGGCUGUUUAUAGAUUAUGAAGAGUUUUACGGUCAUGAAAGACCCAACAUUAUGGAGCUGUUCAAGUCUUUACCUGUGAUUGAACAUCUAACCACUUGGGGUUAUAUCGCUCCGUUAUUUGUUAUAGACUCGGCUCCCCAAGAGCUUCCAACCUCAUUAAUCCACCUCAAAUACUUUUGUUUCGAACAAAUGGGUAUUGUCAACCGCGAUGGAUAUAGCUUUGGAUUGACUUUUCUUCUUGUUUUGCUCAAAUGCUCCCCUAACUUGGAGAGAAUUAAGCUAGAGGUGGAUACAGAUGAAGAUUUUGAUAAGGGGACGCUUAAAUUGGAAGAAUAUUCUGUUAUAUUUGAAAACUAUUCAGAUGUUUGGUUGGAGCAUCUGAAUGAGUUGAAGAUUCAACAUUUCAGAAACUUCAACCCUGAGUUGGAGCUUGUGAAGUUUAUCUUGGCCAGAUCGCCCAAUUUGAAGAAGGUGAUAUUGAUAACCUGGAUAAAUAACAAGAAUGAAGAGUUGGAAUUGUUAAAUGUUCUGUCACAUGCCGCACGUGCAUCACGGGUAGAAAUUGUUGUUGAGAAUCUCUGGACUGAAUCUGACUCUGACGAUUACGAAGAUGUUUAGAUCACUCAAGUUUCUUGAGAAGCAAUGUAGAAAUUUAUGAUGAUAAUCUUGUAGUGCUACUUGUUUUUCUGCAACUUUUAUCUUCUUAGUAAGUUUGAAAACGUCCUUGAUGUUAAA